UCGAAUUUUCGGGAAACUAUUUCAUCAGCGGGAGUCUUGAAAAAACCGAAUUAUGUUGCGAGUACAUUCCACAUUCAGUGUUGCUAAAGCGAAGGUCGAAGCAUUUGGAAUUUUUUUCCACUAAUUUUGAAUAUCUUCGUAUAUUACUUGACUCGUCGGGAGAUUGUUUUUUGACCAUCGUAAAUGAAAAAAAUAUAUUAAGAUAGUGAAAUUGAAAGUAAUAACCGUCAGUAAGUGAAUCCACUGGAUUAGUUUUGAAAAUGAGACCGAUUCAAAGAAGACAACAAAUUCAGCAGUAUGGUUUAUAUUUGCUGGCUAUGCAAACUAUGGAUUACGGGAUUAAUAAAAUACCACCUGCAACGCUUCUCGCAAUCAUUGGACAGGCUCUGCUUUUCACUGGAAUAAUUCAAGUUCCCUGGAACGCAGAAGACGUUUGUAUAUCUGCAAUCAAAGUCCUCAAAUAUAAAGAUUGGAGAUCAUUCAUAGUAUCAAAUUUCGAACAUGGAUCGGACAUGCAUCUCUACUACAACAUGAUAUCAUUCAUACUGAAAGGCUCAACACUCGAGCCAUUAUACGGGACUGCAAACUAUGCACUGCUUCUGGGAAUUUUCUCGGUGGGCUGCAGUGCGAUGUAUGUUGGAUUAUCAUGGAGUUUAACUCAAAUCACCGGGGACUGGUCCUACUUCACAACAUGUGCUAUUGGUUUUUCAGCAGUCUUAUUCGCCCUUAAAGUCCUCACAAUUUGUGAACAAAAGGAUGAAUUUCACAACAUUAGAAAUAUAAGAGUUGCUAGUAAAUAUGCCGUUUGGGUAGAAUUGUUACUGAUUCACAUGCUCGUUCCCAAUGCUUCGUUCGUCGGUCACCUUGGCGGUAUCCUCAUUGGCUGUCUUUAUUCAUAUACUUUCCUCGGUGUUCUCAUUGACAAUGCCCUCUUUUCGAUCACUGGCAUGCCUAUCAUUCACAAAGAACCCUUUUAUAGAAGGCGAAGACUUUUUGUGUGAAGCUUCCAGUUUUCCAAACAUUUUGUAUUGUUUACGGUACUAUUUUUCUUUGAGUUUUCAACUCCCUUGUGAUUUUGAUAUGUUUAUUCGAGUAUGUCUUGAUACACAUAAACGUCAUGAGGGAAUCUCAUCCGUUUUUAUUUAUGCUGGCUGAUGUGAUAUUUUUUUGUAUUUCCAAAUUACAAACAUCAUGGUGUAAAUAACAAUUGCUUUAAGUUUUUUUCACAAAUAAGUAGCCAAAAACGAGCUUGGGAACAUUUAUACCUAGCCAAAAACGAGUACUUAGAUAUUUUGUAGCAACUUUACAACAAGCAAAUUGUUAAAUGGAUUAAGACUCGAAGGACAGCCCAAAGGUACUAUUUUGAUGAAAAAUAUAUUAUUUCAUUAACGAAUACAUUUUUUAACUUCUAUGAAAUUUUUAUAUACAACAAAGUUUUACAGCGAUUUUUGUACUGAACUGUAUUUAAAAAAUUUCCAGAACUUCAUUCAAAACUUCCAGAUCAAUGAGUUUCGCUUUGGUAGCACCUACUUUCCUAACUUUAAUCGUUUCAGUACUUAGAUGCUGUUCAACAGUUUAUACAACUCGUACAGGGUCGUGUCUUGAACUUCCUGGGUCAAAUGAUUGUUUAUGAAAGGGUGAACUGAAAAGAAAAAAUAAUUAAUUUCCAUUUGUUCAAAAUGUGCGAUGAAAACGAUUGUACGUAUUUUGUAUUAAGGAUAUUUAUAUAUAAAUAUUUGAUGUUCAUUUACUAUUAAAUAAUAAAGAAUAAUUUAAUA